AUGCCGGUUGUUACAGAAAUUGCCAUCUUUGAUCUGCUUCGUGACACCGACCUGCUUAGCCCCGACUCCCCGUCAACUGUGCACCUCGAAGCUAGCUUCAAUAUUCUAAAGCAACAAAAGGGAUUCAUUCAACAUUUCUGGGGUUUGAAAGACGAAGAUGCAACGAAGUUGGUGGUGUUCAUUGAUUGGGAGGAUGUAACCGAUCACCAGAGUUUUGGAAACAGUGAAGCGUAUGCAACACUCGGAGCAGAGCUUGCAAAAGUGGUCAGCUUCGGCAAUGUGCCAGUGAUGACACACACGAACUUCACAUCCGAUGCCAAUGUGGCCAGGCAAGCUCCUGUAACAGCUUUCAAGUCCUUCAUGCUUCCUGAAGAUGCAACUGAAGAGCAGAGAUCAGCUCUAGAAGAUGCGUUCCUGAAACUUGCUCAAUUCAACAUGACCCAAACCACUUGCAUUGGAUACGCUUGUGGCUGGACAUUGGAAACGCUUCCACAUGAUGAGGCCCCUUCAGGAAAAGCCUGUGUGUUCAAUGCGAUAAUCGGUUGGCCGUCGCGGAAAGAUUUCCAGGAAUUGAGGACCAUACCUGGAUUCAAGGAAGCCUUGCAGCCAGUGCUAGGCAGUUCACUGAAGCUGAGGGGACAGGACAUGUUUCACAUCAAUCUGAAUAGAUAA